UAUGUGAAAUAAUGGAAGGUGAAGCCAGUUUUUCUCAUAUUGCUCCUCCUAUCUUCGAUGGAGAAAACUACCAGCUUUGGGCAGUGAGAAUGGAGACUUACCUGGAAGCUUUAGAUCUAUGGGAAGCUGUGGAAGAGGAUUAUGAAGUUCCUCCGCUGCCGAACAAUCCGACCAUGGCCCAGAUCAAAAUUCACAAGGAAAGAAGAACCAGGAAGUCAAAGGCGAAAGCAACCUUGUAUGCUGCUGUUUCAACAACCAUUUUCACAAGGAUUAUGUCUCUCAAAUCAGCAAAAGAAGUUUGGGAUUAUUUGAAGGAAGAGUAUGCAGGAGAUGAAAGGAUAAGAGGCAUGCAAGUACUGAAUUUAAUAAGGGAAUUCGAGCUACAAAAAAUGAAAGAGUCUGAGACAAUCAAAGAGUACUCAGAUAAAUUGAUUGGCAUUGUCAACAAGGUCAGGUUACUUGGCACAGAAUUUACAGAUUCAAGAAUUGUCGAAAAAAUUCUUAUAAUUGUGCCUGAAAGAUAUGAAGCUUCAAUAACCACCUUGGAGAACACAAAAGAUCUGUCCAAGAUCACCUUGGCAGAGCUAUUAAAUGCCUUGCAAGCUCAAGAGCAACGAAGACUUAUGAGACGAGAUGGUGUUAUUGAGUGAGCUUUGCCAGU